CUCACCGAAGCACUCCGCACAUAUUUUUAAAAUUAUUGUAUAUUUUCAUCAUUUCAAUCGUUUUUUCGAAAUUAGUUUUCAGAGAAAUUCAAGAAAUGUAAUCGAAGACAGAUCGACAUUUGCGCUGUCUAAUCAGUUUUAUCAUUUCGACAGAAUUAUAAAAGAAGAAAGCCAUCAUGUUCGCCGGAUUUUGCAAAAGUAAGCGGCCAUCAUUUUUAUAGUCUGUACAACAUAAAAGCACGACCCUCUUACUGCAAAGUUUCUGUGCGGCGGCUGAGUAUCUACUUGAUGAAAACCCGAGGAGCGUCAUCUUUUUGGUAAAUGAACUCACAAGGCCAUCUUAUCUUGGAGUCUACGUUUGUGAAAUAAAAACAAAACCUGAAAAAACCGCGAAGAAAAAAAGUUAUAAUUUAGUGAUUAACUUUUCCAGUUUUCCCAUUGAUUAGAAAAUUAAGCAUCAUAUUUUUUGCAUCGUUGAUUCAUGUACAUUCGUGAAAAUUGCGUAAAUGCGAACAGUGAUUGUAAUGUCAUAUCUGUUACAAUAACUGACGUUGAAGUGUCAUAACCGACACGAAUCAUCAGUCAUCACUAUCCUUAUCAAUAUCUUCUCGAGAGAAUUCCCAAUUACCAGUGGGAAAAGAUGGCAUCUAGUAAUUUAGAUGAUUUGAUGCCUCGUCCGCUGCUCAAGCCAUCUCCAAUGGAAGAAAUAUGCGCCAGACCAGAAGUUCCAGAAGUAUCAUUAGUUUUUGACUGCGCUUCUGGUAAAUCAAAUAAGAUCAACUCGCCUUUGGCCCAUCAAAGCAGAAGCUUCCAACAAUCCGCUUCCUUACUGGAUACCAACGAUUUUAUUUUGGAGCGUCACUAUCAAUCGCUUUCGAGUAGUAAAUCGCCAACUCCUUCUUCACUCGCGAAUACCGCCUUGAGAACACCUCUGAAACUGGACGACCGUGGUGUAUUCGCUGCGAAAAAAGUUUCAUUUUCACCACACGGGCUAAAAAAUGACUCGAAUACUUUGGAACUAAAUGCUACAGAAACACAUCACCAUAAAAAUGAAAAUGCGGUUUGUCCCUGUAAUCACGAAACCAUUGUUGGCCUGCAACAUCAUCACAAUCCCAAGUGUACAUCGGAUGAAAGAAAAGCUUGUCAUUGUACUUCUUGCUCGAACGAUAGCCUUGAUUAUUCUUGGGAACAUUCUACCUCCAUUCAGCGUAUAUUGAAAAAUUUCGAACGAAAAAUGAACACUAAAGUUUCAUACGACGAUUUGCAAAAAACUGAAUUAAAAAUCGAAAAUAUUCUACUGAAGCAUAAAUGUAAAUACGAUAAAUUAGGAGAAAAUUGCAUUACAAGAGACGAAUUUAACCGAGUUAUCAAAAAUUACGAAAGUCAGAUUAAUUUAUUACAAUUACGAGUCGAAGAACUGACGCAGAAAUUAUCGUAUUCGUCCCAUUUCAUUGGUUCUUCGUGUAAUAAUGAAAUGAAAAAAUGUAACUACACAGAUGACCUCAUUCCUGGAAGAAGUCCUUCGACUCCAGUAAUUAACGCUGUUAAAUGCCCGAACCAUGAAUGCUGUUCCUCUAAUCGAAUUCCAAAUGGAAACAUUUUAGCGAAUGGUAAACAUUACGUGAACGACGAUGCUGUGAUACCCACCAAUAAUUACCCUCAAUUUAAUGGCCAGCCUGCCAAAUUGUAUAAUCAAAUAUUGCAACAAACGAAAAGUCAUUCAGAUUGUUGCCGUAAUCAAGGAAAUUUUCAAAAUAUUGAUCAUCGUGAUGCUUUGCGGGAGAGACCUUUGAACUUUGAGAACCAUGUUAUGAUCCAAACAACGAAUACUCAAUCGCCACCUAAGCAAUAUGAUCAAACACCGCUCACCGUUCAGAAAUCGAACACGAAUCAACAUGUCACUCAACAAUCUCAACAUUCCUCUAAUCAGCCUCCGCAUUUGUCGCAUGAUCAUCAGUUGACAUUGAAAGAAAAAAAUGAGGAUCAAUUACUUGGUUCUGAGAAUAUUCGUGUAGACUGGACAUUUUAUAAUAAUAUUGUCGAAGAUGUAAAAAAUUUGAUGCAGAAAAAUCCCAAAUCAUUGGAUCCUAACGCUGAUACGAUUGAACUGAUUAAAAAAGCCACCGUAGAUCAACUUCAAAAAAUGGGUAUAAACUUCGAAAACCGGAAUCAAAAUGAAAAGAACUUUACAAAUGAUCAUCAAAAUAACAAAUUCAUUUCGACUAAUUUAGCUGCCUCGCCUGAUGUAAGCUUUCGUAUGAACAGUGUAGCUAUGAAAUAUGUGUCUGAAACGUCACCUGAUGUAGAAUACCAUAAUAAAAAAUCACCCGUGAACGAUGUUUCUUUUCGUAGCAAUUGCAAUAAUGUCUCGAUAGCUACUUUGCAAUACAUGGAACGAUAUCAAUUAUUGCCCAACAGCGAUCAACGAUAUGGAGGAAAUUCUAUCGGGUUUAAUAAACAUGAACAGCACGUUGCGCAAGAACAUCGUCAUAGGACUCUCAAGCCAAAUCAGAACAAUGACAAAAGUUUUAUAUACUGAAAGAAGAUGACGCAACAUUGAGCUGCAUUUGAUGUGCCAGUUGUUUCGUUUCAUAUUUUAAAAUUUUGUCUGAAUAGUGUAAUUAUUGUUUACUAAAAUAUCGAAUUAUAAAACUUGGUAAUUGCAGCAAAUUGGUUUUAGAUUUUCGACUAUCAUUAAUAUCUGAUCAUUUAAUUAGGAUUUCAAAAACGUAAUAUGGUCGAUAAGAAGAUUGCUUUCUGGACGAGAUGUUGUGUCUAUCUAUAUGUAUUUUUCAGAAAUACACACGCGUCAAAAUCAGAAGAAAUGGACGAAGUAUCUCUCCGACUAGAUAAAAAUAGCAUUUCAGAGGGGUCGAUUUUCUACUGAUGAUUUUUUUCAAAAUACGAGCAAUUAUUUUUAAUGAUUCGCUAUCACAAAAUACUUAGAGAUCUUCGUUAAAAGAAUCAAGUUUUAUCUAAUACUGAUUUUGACGCGUUUCCCGUUAGAGAUAACUCAAAUCAACUAACCUUUGAACCUUGACAAUCAAAACACGCUGAAAAAUUCUUAAUUAUUAAGAAGGAAUUAAAAUCGAAAUUAUAAAACAAUAACAUACGAUGGUGUAUUUCGCUUUCCAAGUAAAUUUAAUAACAUUUGUGAAAACACACAUCGAGACAAAAUCUGACACACUUCAAAUGUAUUCAAAAAGAAACCCUCACUUCAGCUCUGCUAUUUUUAGAUAAACGCGAAUAGGUGAACUUCGAGAAAAAUUUUAAACGAAAUAAUAUUAUCAACAAGAAAAAUAUUUUAGCGGAAAUUCUACUCUUAAUAAAGAGACUAGACAGUAAAACUUUCUCCACAGCCACAGGUACCUUUAAUAUUCGGAUUGUUGAAAACGAAUUCCGAUGCUAAUUUCGUCUCCACGUAAUCCAUUUCAGUCCCAAGUAAUGUUAAUUGAGCUUUCGCAUCAAUUAAAACACGAACGCCUGUGCACAAAAUAUCAAUGAAGCUACGCUCGGACGAAUAAGAAAUAAUUAUUCAAAGUACCUUACCAUCUUGUAUAACUUCUUCGUCAAGUUUUCCCUUUUCUUUGACAUAAUCCAAAGUAUAACUGAGCCCAUUACAUCCUCGCUGCUUAACGCCGAUUUUCAAACCAAUCUACGAAAGAAAACGAGACAUGAAUUCACAUAGAUAAUACUAGUUACACUGAUGAUGAUAUUAAACUUACGUAUUCUGAUUUUCCAUCGAGUAUUUUUUUGAUUUUAUCUACAGCUGAGGGAGUC